AUGGCCGAACCCAUCGCUAUCGUUGGCAGUUCGUGCAGAUUCCCUGGAUCGGCUUCGUCUCCCUCAAAGCUGUGGGAUCUAUUGAAAAGCCCAAAGGACGUCCUUAUCGACAUUCCCAAAGAUCGUCUUGGUCUUGGAUCUUUCUAUCACGAGAAUGGCGAACAUCAUGGCUCUACCAAUGUCGUCGCCAAGGGCUAUUUGCUCGAAGAGGACCCUCGACUGUUCGAUGGCCCAUUCUUCAAUAUCAAUCCUCGAGAGGCCGAUGCAAUGGAUCCACAACAACGUUUGCUGCUUGAAAGCGUAUACGAAUGCAUUGAGAGUGCUGGAUACCCUCUGGACAAGUUGCAGGGAACCGCCACGUCGGUAUAUGUAGGCUGUAUGACCAACGACUACCACGACAUUCAGGGACGGGAUAUAGAAGUGGUCGAUCGAUAUCACGGCACAGGUGCAACUCGAAGCAUUCUUUCGAACCGCAUCAGCUACUUCUUCGACUUUCKUGGCCCUUCCGUCUCUAUGGACACCGCAUGCUCAUCAUCCCUGGCUGCUCUACAUUUUGCCGUGCAGUCGUUGCGCACCGGCGAAUCAAGCAACUCGAUCGUAGGGGGCGUCAAYCUAGUGUUUGACAGUGUACCCUACGUGAGCGAAGCAAAAUUGCACAUGCUCUCGCCAACCUCGCGAUCCUCUAUGUGGGAUGCGUCUGCUGACGGAUACGCUCGCGGCGAAGGAGUCUCUGCAUUAAUGUUAAAAACGCUCUCGCAAGCGAUCGCAGACGGCGAUCAUAUAGAGGCAGUCAUUCGUGAGACAGGGAUGAACCAAGAUGGAAGAACAACUGGCUUGACAAUGCCAAGUGGCGAAGCGCAAGCCGAUCUUAUCAGGUCGACUUAUGCUCGUGCGGGCCUCGAUCUUCGCAAAAAGAAUGACCGACCGCAGUACUUUGAAGCACAUGGCACAGGGACGUUGGCUGGAGAUCCUCAAGAAGCAAAGGGCAUCUACAGCGCAUUCUUCGGUCAUGUGAAGAGCGACGGCGAAGAUGAGACUGAUAUUGGCGACGAAAAGCUGUUUUGCGGCUCCAUCAAGACAAUAAUUGGUCAUCUAGAGGGAUGCGCUGGUCUGGCAGGACUUCUCAAGGCAUCACUCGCGGUGCAGCAUGGGAUAAUUCCUCCGAAUUUGCUAUUCAAGAGCUUAAACCCGGAGAUCGAGCCUUAUUACCACCGACUCCAGGUGCCCACGAAAGCGAUCCCAUGGCCUGCUGUGCAAACUGUACGUCGUGCCAGUGUCAAUAGCUUUGGUUUCGGCGGCACGAACUGCCACGCUAUCAUCGAGCAAUAUGUAGAGCAACAUCCGUCGUCUUCCCUGCCUCAAACCAAGAUCGAGCAGACCACAGCUGCAGAGGACUGCUUCGCCGGGCCGUUACUCCUGUCAGCGGCAACGGGAACUUCCCUAGCAGCUAGUAUUUGCCGUCUGGCCGAUAUGCUAGAGGAAGAAGACAGUGUGGUUCGCGUCGAGGAUCUGGCAUGGUUCACACAAACGCGCCGGACCAAGUUUCAACAACGAAUCUCUUUUCCAGGUGGGACAAGAAGUGGCUUGAUCGAAGCUUUACGAGCGACGACUAAGUCAACUGCGGCAUCUGAGAUCGGAGUWCGUGCUCCCGCCAAGCUGAAGUGGCACACGCCUGGCAUCCUUGGUAUCUUCACUGGACAAGGUGCACAAUGGGCGACGAUGGGCCGGGAUAUGAUCAAACAAUGUCAUACGUUCCGUGAAAGUGUCCAGGCUUGCGAAGCGACCUUGAAAUCACUCCCUGAUCCACCAACAUGGUCACUAACUCACGAACUGCUUCAGGAGCAGUCCAAAUCUCGCCUUGACGAAGCAGCCUUGUCCCAGCCACUUUGCACGGCCAUUCAGAUCGCUUUAGUCGACACCUUGGUUGCUGCUGGCAUCACCUUCCGUGGUGUCGUAGGACACUCGUCGGGUGAGAUUGCUGCAACUUAUGCGGCUGGACUGCUCUCGGCCGAAGAUGCUAUGCGAGUAGCAUAUUACCGAGGUGUACACGCACAUCUGGCCAAUGGAACACAAGGUCAGCAAGGAGCCAUGUUAGCGGUUGGCUUGGGUAUCGACGAUGCGGAAGACUUCUGCGACAGUAAGCCCUUCAUCGGUCGCCUGAGCGUGGCGGCUAGCAACUCUCCUACUUCAACCACGCUUUCUGGCGACAAGGACGCCAUUAUCUUGGCCAAAGAAAUGCUUGAGAAGGAGGGCACCUUUGCAAGAUUGCUCAAGGUUGAUACCGCCUAUCAUUCAUCUCACAUGCUUCCUUGCGCCAAACCUUACCUCGACUCGUUGAAGGCAUGCAACAUUCAAGUGAAGCCUCAAAAUGACCAAUGUGUCUGGAUUUCCUCAGUGCACGGUCACGCCGAGCUUCUCGACGACCCAGAAGAUCUCGGCGUGCUUGCGGGAGAAUACUGGGUGGAGAACAUGUGCCAGCCGGUGUUGUUUUCCGAAGCCGUUGAAUGCUCCCUGUGGCGUGCAGGACCAUUCGAUGUAGCUAUUGAGGUCGGCGCCCAUCCUGCUUUGAAGGGUCCAGCGACACAAACAAUCACCGCUGUUCUGGGAGCCAACGCGAAUCUUCCGUACAUUGCGACUCUGCAGCGAGGUCAUAACGAUGUCACCGCAUUCUCUGCCGCGAUCGGGUCACUGUGGCUGACCCUCGGGRCUUGGAUAGACUUCAAUGGUUGGAGGAAGGCCUAUCUUGGCCCGGACUGUCCGCCGCACGCGGUCGUGCUCAAGAAUAUGGCAAGCUAUAGCUGGUCACAUGAUGUGGCAUAUUGGAAAGAAAGCCGCCUAUCCAGCCGACACCGCUUGGCAGAACGACCACCGCAUGAGUUACUCGGUAGACGUGCAGCUGAUGAUUCAGACAAUGAAAUGCGCUGGCGUAACAUCAUGAAGGUAAACGAACUACCUUGGAUCCAAGGUCACGUUUUCCAGAGGGCCAUCCUUUUCCCUACGAUCGGAUAUGUCGCUCUGGCAAUCGAAGCGGCUGCGGAGAUAGCUGGCAUUGAUAAGAUCAAGCUGAUCGAGAUCCGCGACUUGGUGAUCCCCCGCGCAUUAGUACUUGAAGACAACCACGAUGGCGUCGAGACGGUUUUCUCUGUCCGUCGUCAGAAGAGCACCAACACUACCAUCGAAGCAGACUUUGCAUGCCACUCUAGCGUGAGCGGUGGCACCCUGGAGAAGAACUGUGGCGGACGCGUCAUCAUCGAGCUGUUCUCUCCAAACGAUGACAGUGAUGGAUCAGGUGCGUCUCUGCUACCAUCCCGAUGCCCUUCGCGCUCGGGCACGACAUCAAUGGACGGCGAAGCGUACUAUCAAGCGAUUCUGAAGACCACGGGAUUGGACUAUCAAGGCCUAUUCCGGGGGAUGAAGCAUAUUCGACGAACGCUUGGCUUUUCGAGUGCCCAGGCAUCUUGGCCCGUCGAAGAUGUUGGAAAGAAAUACAUACUCCAUCCCGGUCUACUUGAUGUGGCACUGCAAGCCAUCCUUGCCGCAUUCGUGAACCCAACCCGUAUUCCAAUCCGAGGCUCGUUCUUGCCUGCUGCAUUGUCCCGGCUUGUGUUUGAUCCUCACGCUCAUACUCUGUCCAACGAUGGCAAAGAAGUCGUGUUCGAGUCGGAUUGUUUCCUGACAWACAACACUGUGCGCUCGUUUGAAGGCGAUAUCCAUGUGUUUGGGCCAACCGGACAGUGCCUGUUGCAAGUUGAAGGCUUCAGAAUGGACAAUUGGACGGAKCCGAGUGCGUCAGAAGAUCGCCCCGUUUUCUCCCGUCUUGAUUAUCAGCCCGACCUGUUUUAUGGAAACGUCAGCAAUCUGGUCGAGCUUCAUCCUGAUGCUGCUGAGCUGCGACUUAUCGAAGCUAUCAACCGGGCGUCAUACUACUAUCUCCGCACUUACUUUUCCACUGUACCUGAGUCCCAGAUUGCUGACUGGACUUGGGACCGUCAGGCGUUCUACAAAGCUGUCCAAAAGGUCUUGCAGAAAACGCUUGAUGGGAGCCAUCCGGUAACGCAGAAAUCAUGGGCCAAUGAUACUGCUGAGCUCAUGGAGAAGUACAAAAACACAUCAGAAUUUAAGGAACAAGCCGACAUGAGGGCGCUUCAUGUUGCGGGCGAGCAUCUCGCCAAAGUCAUGGCGGGAGAGGAGCGCCCUCUGGAGGUGUACCUCCGCGRGAAUGUCUGGGCGCCGUUGUACUCGCACGGCCGCUAUCAGGUUCGCCUCAACCGUACCAUUGCCAAUCUUGUACAGUCGCUUUCCCACCGCUAUCCGCGUGCCAAUAUUCUCGAGGUCGGCGCUGGAAGUGGUGGUACCACCUUGGGUGUGCUGGAGCAGAUUGGAGACGCGGUCGGCCAAUACACGUUUACCGAUGUUUCUGCAGGGUUCUUCGAGAAAGCACGAGAGAAGCUUGCAAGGACGAAUGCAGCAGCAGCUGAUAGAGUGGCGUACAAAGUUCUGGACCUCGAGCGUGACCCUCUGGAGCAAGGAUUCGAAGCAGAAUCUCAAGACGUGAUCAUUGCAGCUAAUGUGCUGCACGCUACUGCAGACUUGAAGAAGUCGGUGCAAAGCGUACGUCGUCUGCUGAAGCCUGGUGGUUAUCUGUUCAUGCUUGAAGUCACUGGUGAAUACCUCGAGGGCUUGCUCCUGAUGGGCCCCCUGGAGGGCUGGUGGCUUGGUAACAGGGAAGGCAAGGCCAGUCAGCCAGGUUUGACACUCCAAGGGUGGGAUGAUCUGUUCAGAGAAACUGGCUUUACCGGUGUCGACAGGCAUCAAGGUGAUGUUCCGAGUCCUACAACGCAAGCUGUAUCGGUUGUUGUCACGCAAGCCACAGAUACGCGGAUUGACAUGCUUCGCGAGCCACUUGAACAUUUGGAUGACUUGCCAGUGAGCGACCAAGUCUUGAUCAUCGGUGGGGAGUCAUUGGCUAUGUCCCGGACGGUACGAACGAUCUCCCAGCAUGUGGCUCGUUUCGCUGGCCGUGUUCAGGUGGUCCAAAGCAUUGACAAGAUUGAUCCUGCUAUUCAUACCUCAUCGCCCACCGCAGUGAUCGCUUUGUGUGAUCUGGAGCGACCAUUCUUUGCCGAUCCAAUCACCGAUAGCCGCCUGCAGAAGCUCCAGUCCCUCUUCGCAAAUUCUACAGACGUCCUUUGGGUCACGACCGGGCAUCUUGACGACAAGGAUCCAUCCUCGGCCAUGAUGAUUGGUCUUUGCCGGACUGUGGUGAUCGAGCUGGAGCACAUGAAUCUUCAAUUCCUGAAUACCGCCAGCAAAGGCUCGCGACCACCCGACGCCCGCUUGAUUGUUGAAGCCUUCGCGCGUUUAAGGCUGGGUUCUUCUAACACUUUCACGGCCGAGCCGAUCUUAUGGUCAGCAGAGCCUGAGCUGACGCUCGCUGAUGACGAAGUCUUGAUCCCCCGUUUGAAGCCAGAUCUAGAGCGCAACAAACGCCUCAACUCCGCUAUCCGUCACAUCACCAAAUCUGUCAAUUCUGCCGAUAUGAAUGGCCGGAAGUACACUGCAACCUCGCGUGACGGACGUGUCCACCUGGAAGAGGACUCGCCGUGGAUGCUUGAUGCUAAUCGCCACGAUGUGAACGUUGAAGACACUACAACGCUUCGUACAUCACUCUCGGUCACCAUGCCGCAUGCUUCGUCAGUCACGCUCGUGGCUGGGUUUGAUUCCCGAAACGAACCCGUUCUCAGCCUUGCUGGCGCGCACUCGUCUACAGUAUCUGUGCCUCAGACCUCCUCUUUGCACGUGAAGACGAAGACACUAUGCACCGCACAGCAGCUGAGGGUUUGUGCCAAUCUGAUCUUGGCGAAACAAGUACUCGCGGCCAUGCCACGUCCGUCUUCUUUGAAAGAGCCUCAUGUUAUCAUCCAUGGUGCUUCGAAGGCUCUGAUGAAGGCCAUAACACAGCUGGCUGGUUCAGCUUCGCGCCUUGUAUUCACUCAGUCAUCACCCAGUGCCAAAACCACGGCCGGCGACAUCGUGUCUUUACAUCCACAGUCAUCGGCUUACAUUCUACGGAGAGCUCUCCCCUCCAAGAUUGGGUUUGUGGUCGCUCUUGGAAGUGAUGAUUCCGUCGCUAGUAGGCUGUUGUCUAUCUUCCCGGGCACCACGUUGGACGUGGACGCGCUACUCCUGCAGGGUAGAUUUCUGCCCCUUACAGAGCUCGACAGUGUCAUUAUGCGAGCUUUGGCAGGCGACGUCGAUAACCCAGAGGAAGAAUCACCCGAAAGCUCAUCAGUCAUUCCUGCCCACCGUCUGCCCAAUUUGCCGGCCACAUCGCUGGAGUUUCCCGCUGUGGUUGACUGGUCUGUUGAUKAUGAGCACCCGCUGCUCAUCUCUGUCAACCCGAUUCAUGGCCGUGGUAUGUUCUCGCCUGACAAAUCAUACCUCAUGGUCAGCUUGGUAUCCACUCUGGGUCGUUCGAUUUGCAGAUGGAUGGUUGAAAACGGAGCACGCCAUAUUGCGUUGGCAAGUCGUAGCGCAAAAGUGGAUCCCGCAUGGCUAGAAGAGAUGGCACAUCUUGGAGCCAACAUCCGUGUGUACUCAAUGGAUGUGUCUGACAGGCAAUCUGUGCAGAGCACAGUCGCUACCAUGCGUACUGAAAUGCCGCCUAUCGCGGGUGUGGCUAAUGCCGCUCUCGUGCUACGGGACGGCUUGUUUCUCGAMAUGAAUGCCUCAGACAUGACAGAAGUGCUCGCGCCAAAGGUACAAGGAUCCUUGAACUUGCACGAGGAGUUCCAAGACUCGGACCUAGACUUCUUCAUCCUCUUCUCUACUUUGUCAUGUGUCAUCGGCAACGCGGGCCAGUCCAACUACGAUGCAGCUUCGCUGUACCAAGUCAUGCUUGCGAAGCAUCGUCGACAGCAAGGACUUGCUGCAUCCGUCAUGGAAGUUGGGUGUGUGGCAGACGUGGGAUAUGUCGCUGAGCGCGGCCAAUCUCUGUUCGAUAAGCUGGCGCGCACGAUGAAGCUGCCACUAUCCGAAUCUGACGUCCACCAACUUUUUGCCGAAGCCGUGGCAGCAAGUCCGAUUCGUGAAGGCGAAGUGGUCGACUCUACCACCGCUGAGAUAGUAUCUGGAAUGGGCCACUAUGGCUACAACACUAAUACUCCGAGUGAAGCGCAUCCGCCCUGGUUCAACAAUCUUCUUGCAUCUUACUAUGUUAGAGAGGAACGUGGAUCUGGGCCAGUGGCUGGAAGAGUCGAUGCGGACCAUCAGUCACUCGCCACCCGACUAGACGCUGCCACGACCGAGGAAGCGGCAGCAGCUAUCCUCACAAAAGCGCUAGCCGAACGCGUUGAGAACAUGCUCCAAAUGCAGGCCAACAACUUCAAAGCCGACGCAUCUUUGCUUGAUGUGGGCAUAGAUUCUCUCCUCGCAGUUGAGCUCCGUACCUGGUUCUUGAAGGAGGUCCACGUGGACGUUCCGGUGCUCAAAAUAUUGAGUGGAGAGAGCGGAGAGGUCAUUGCGCAAUUUGCUGCCGGUCAAUAUCUUGCAGAAAGGAGCAAGAACGUCGCUGAGAUUUCCACCGACUCAUCGAAUGCAAUUUCUCCUGCGCCGGAGAACGAGUCGGAUAAAGAGGGAGCAGCUAGUGUCUCAUCGUCAGACGGCAAGCGCUCGACAUCUCCCGGCUCGAGCAAUACAGGGGAUUCAGAUCCGGCGGCCAGUGUGAGCACUGUUGAAGUCGAAACCAAGGAGAGGAUAGAUGAGGAUGAAGUGGAAGACGUUGCAAGGGUUCGAAGCAUCACAUCCAUGACGCACGCUCAGGCAAGAAUGUGGGUCGCCGACCAUAUGUCUUCAAAUCGGAGUCAGAACAACAAUCUGCUGACCUAUGACCUGCAUGGUUUCAUCAACGUCACACGGCUCCGUCGUGCUGUUUCUACUGUCUUUACGCACCACGCUGGGUUACAGACAUGUUUCUUCCAAGAUGCCACAGAGACGCCACGUCAAGGUCUGCUUGAAAAAGCUGAAGAUCGUUUCAAGCACAUUACGGUCCCUCCAAAGACCGACAAUACCCAUGACAUAGUCCAGAGUGCGCAAGAUGAGCUAAGGACGCGAAAGUGGCGACUGCAUCGAGGCGAAGCCCUUGAGGUUGUCUUGAUCACUCACACUAGCAAUGAGCACACAUUGCUUAUUGGAUAUCACCACAUCGCCAUGGAUGGAUCAGCCUGGCGGACGUUCUUCCGAGACCUUCAUCUAGCCUAUCAGGGCGAACCUUUGCCAGCUCCUGGCAAGUCGCUCAUCGAAGUUGCCACAGAGGAGGCCACACAUGUUGCAGAUGACUCGAACAUAUUCUGGCAACGUCAACUUUCACCAGCCCCAGAGACAUUCCCACUUCUGCCCUUUGCAUCUGCCAAGACACGUCCACCACUUGACGUGUUUUCCAAUCGUAUGAGCCUCGCAGAACUCGACGGGUCUGUCGCAAAUCGAGUCAACGCCAUCAGUCGCUCACUCAGCGUCACGUCGGUGAAUGUAUACCUGGCUGCGGUGAAUCUUCUUCUAUCCCGUUUGGCUGAUAUCGAGGGCGACAUCUGCAUUGGCGUCACAGAUUCGGGGCGUGAUGCCGAUACUGCAGAGAGCAUUGGGUUCUUCCUGAACUUGCUCCCACUACGAAUCCAAACAAACAAGGCUACAUCAUUCCGGAAACUGGUUCAGCAAGUCAACACGACUUAUCGAGAAGCACGGGCACAYUCCAGUGUGCCAUUCAACACGAUGCUGGACGCUAUUGGCACCCACCGAGAUCCAACGUGUACACCAAUCUUCCAGGUCGGCUUUGAUGUUAGGCAUGGGCAGUCUGGCGAUUUCCCUCUCGGCAACUGUCACAUGAAGAUUCAACAAUCCGAUGACUCGGCACUGCCAUAUGAUAUCUCGUUUUGCGUCAUUCCAAUGCCUGGAUCUGGUCCGUCUUACGUGCAAGUCCUGACUCGAGCGGAUCUGUAUUCGCAAGAGGCCACCGAGCUACUCAGCCAGAUGUACAUUACUCUUCUGGAGAGUGUGGUGCAGCCUUCUGCUACAGAGUCACCUUUGGAGCAUCUGUUGAUGUAUCCCAGCAGUCAGAUCCAAAAGUCUCUUGACUUUGGAGGCCGUAAAGUUAACGAAUACGCUGACUGGCCGUCAACCAUAACCGAACGAAUCGAGACGGUGACUCGAGAUCACAAGGCCGACAUAGCCAUCAAGGAUGUUUCCGGACCUAUGACUUACAUGGAAUUGUCCGAGGCGACCGUGUCUCUGGCUCUGCGUCUUCUUCCUUAUCGAGGCCUUCGAAUUGCCGUGAUUUGCGAGCCACAGCGAGAGUGGAUCAUUGGAAUGCUUGCAACUUUGAGGGUAGGAGCGGCGUUCGUCUCCCUUGAUGCAACAUUACCCGCUUCAAGACUCAGCAUCAUGAUUCGGGCCUCUGAGCCUAGCGUGAUACUCUGCCAUGCAGCAACCUUCGCCAUCGUCUCCGAAGUUGUUCAGUUGUCGGAAUCAGCUGCUCGCCUGCUAUCAUUCGAGGAAACACCAGUCAAUACUUCGGAGACAGUGCGGAACUUCGAAGAUCCAAGCAAAGCAUCCCUGAUUAUCUGCACGAGUGGUACGACUGGAGUUCCCAAAGCCAUUCUGCUCUCGACUCGUGGCUUCCGCAAUUACCUUGCCAACCAAGCUGAACUGCAUGGUGUGAAGAAGGGCGAAACUAUACUCCAACAAACCAAUUUGGGCUUCGAUAUGGCUAUUGCCGAGGCUCUACUUUCGUUGGCCCAUGGAGGCACUCUAGUCAUCGCUCCUCAAGCAAUCCGCGGAGAUCCUGUUGCCGUGAGUGACUUGAUGGUGCAGGAGGAUGUAAGCUUUACGUUUGCAACCCCAACCGAGUAUCUCAUGUGGCUACGAUACAGCAAAGAAUCCAUCUCGCAGCUGAAGAGAUGGCGUUUGGCACAGUGCGGCGGAGACAAAGUUCCAGACGCGCUCUACCGAGAGAUACAAAAUGCAGGCUGCAGUCCAGUACCUGUACUUUCCGAUGCUUAUGGUCCAGCCGAAGUUUCCAUCUGUGCGACAAUCCAACACGACGAACCACACUUAUGCAACGAUCCUCUCACGAAGGGUGCUUCGUCUGUCGGCAGGACCCUUGCAAAUGUUGGAAUUUUCCUGCUCGAUUCUCGCGGUCAUCUCUGCCCACCAGGUAUUCCUGGUGAGAUAUGUAUAACCGGAGUGGGGCUUGCUCUGGGAUAUGUCGACGCGAAUGCCACCGCAAACUCAUUCGUUGAGAGCUUCGAAUUGGACUGUGGCAAUGGUAUCAAACUUUCCGAAGGAAGAAUGUACAAGACGGGAGAUCGAGGUGUCUGGCGAUCAGACGGUACGCUGGGGUUUCUCGGACGGAUGAACGAUUCUACCGUUGUCAAGAUUAGAGGGAUCAGAGUGGACCUCAGCGAUGUCGAGAGUGCGAUCCUUUCGCAAGGGUCACACCUUAUCUCCGAUGCUGUGGUGACGCUGCAGCAGCUGGAGGAUGAUACCUACCUCGUCGCUCAUGUGGUUCCUACUAGUCACAAGAACGCCCUGUCGGAAGGGAACGAUGUCGCGAAUCUUGAAGCGCCUCUGGAAGAAUUCAUGCAGCAGCUGGACCUACCUCGACAUAUGCAUCCAAGCCGCGUCGUCGUACUCGCUAGAUUACCCCUGAGCGCCAAUGGCAAGGUGGAUCGUCGAGCGUUGAGUCAAGCCUUGCCAUCCCCUCGGACGGGCGGUGUGCAGAUUGGAAGCGGCACGGCCAGUCUUACCACAUUGAAGCAAGUGGAGCUACAUCUGCUAUGGAAGCGCGUGCUCGAUCGUGCCGACAUCCCAAGACGCCACGAUAUCGACUUUUGGGCAAUGGGAGGUUCGUCGCUCCAUCUGGUCAAGUUACAAGCAGCCAUCCGCAAAGACAUGCUUGUAAAGGUCUCAAUCCGAGAUAUGUUUAUGCAUAGCACGCUCGGCAGCAUGGCAGACUUGAUCACAGAUCGAUCAUCGGGACUACCAGCCAGUGAACCCAUCGAUUGGGAACAGGAAACAAGCCUCACGGAUGAUUUAAGGAUGACUCUUGCAGCACGCCCGCCAGCUGACGUUCAACCAUCGGGCGAAAUUCUUCUUACCGGCGCAGAUGGUUUCCUCGGUGGCCAUAUUUYGCACGCACUACUUCGAGACCCUUCGAUCAAACGUAUCCAUUGCAUUGCAGUUCCAUCGCUAUCCAAGCUCCCACCUGGAGUCGACCUCACACGCAUUGUCAUCUACGAAGACAGUAGCGAUCAUCAGGAGAACUUCGGCUUGUCCGAAGAAGCAAUCAAAUCUAUCACCCAAAGCGUAGAUCGCAUAAUCAUAGCGGGAAGCCAUGGACAUUGUCUCAACAACUACGCAUCACUCCGUCAAACGAAUGUCCUCAGCACAAAGACCCUCGCAUCCUGGGCAUCUCAACGCCGAGUUCCGCUACACUUCAUUUCUUCCAGUCGAGUCACACUCCUACCCCACGACUCACAAGCCGCACUCCCACCAAUCAGUGUCAAGAACCAUGCUCCCAAAACAGAUGGAUCAGAAGGUCUCACGGCAUCAAAAUGGGCAGGAGAAGUCUUCUUGGAAAAACUAGCUAUGGAAGCUACCAAGAACAACGGUUCCGGGUUCCCCAUCACCAUUCAUCGUCCCUGCGCACUCAUCGGGGACGAAGCACCUUCCGAUGACUCCCUCAACGCUAUAUUGAAAUAUUCAACCCUCAUGAGCGCCAUCCCUCAAAUCUCCAGCUCUCCAGUCUCGGGAUACUUCGAUUUUGCUCCGGUCGAAACGGUCGCUGCAGCUAUUGCUGAAAGCGCAAUCCAAGCGGAUCAGACUACUCCUCCUCAUUCUCUACGCUUCCGGCAUCAUAGUGGAGGCGUCAAAGUCCUGCCGGGGGAAUUCAAGGAGUACAUGGAAAAAGUUCAUGGCAAGGAAUUUGUGGAGUUGGAAUUGGAGGAGUGGUUGGAGAGGGCUUUGGAACUUGGUAUUGAGCCUAUGAUUGCUGUUUACUUACGCGCUGUUGUGCAGAGUGGAGAGAAAUUGGUGUUUCCGUACAUGGGAACUCUAGGUUCUGAUCUUUAG